AUGGUGCACUCCGUGAGAAGGCUUCUACCAAUUCUCCUGGUGCCAUGGCUGGUGGACGCGAAGACCUUGACUGCGAAGAUCAAGACACCUAUCAACAAUACCCUGGAGUAUGGAGUAGCGACCGAGUGCAAGACGUGUCCGUACAGUCUCUGCACGAAUAAGGCGUAUUACGACUACGGGACGACGGUGACGCUGCUGUGUUGGACUGUGGGAACGCAAAUUGAUAAUGAUACAACGUGGCUUGAGACUUCGGAUGGAUGUUACGUCACGCAAGACGACCUGAUGGCAUACAAUGGAACUUACGAGACGGACUUGAGUUACUGUGGAGAGGACUCGGAAGAAGAGAAUCUCACAUUCGACACUACCGUUGUACAAUACGACAGCGAAUGUAACAUCUGCCCCGACAACCUCGACUGCGCCACCGUUAUGUAUUUAUCUCCAGAUACCGAAAUAAUAGUAACCUGUUGGACGGAUGCUGGAGCGGCAGUCAUUGGCGAUACCACAUGGCUCAAAACAACAGACAACUGCUACGUAAAUGAACAAGGCCUCCGUGACCCAGCAAACAAAGAUAUCCUCGACAACUGCGGCCCCAUAGGCUUCCUGCAGCUAAACGACACCGGUUCACGAAAACGCGAAUCUCUACCAGACCGUGAUCCAGCACCUGAUCUCUCCUCACCUCCAGGAACAGGGAUAGAUCUCGGCUCGCAAUACCUCGUCAACCUCACCGUUGGCGAAGACUACGCAUACUGCUACAACUGCCCCAACACGACAACCUGCGACGUGGUGACGAGAUAUAGGUUCAAGCAGGAAGUGUGGAUGCAGUGCUACUACACGGCGCCGGUAGAGGUUGCGAAUGAGACGUAUUGGUAUGAGACGACGGACUUUUGCUAUGUGCGGGAGGUGGACUUUUUUCAGAGUUUGUUUGAUCAAUAUAGAUUCCCGGAUUGUAGUUUGUUUGAUCAGGAUACGACGACGACGAGUAGGUAG